AUGGUGCGGCCGGGAGGGGGUGGGAAUCGCGGUGACCGGACGCCGGAGGCCGGGCGCGCAGCCAGGGGCCGCCUCCCGCUCCGCGCAGCCCCCUCCCCGCCGCCCGCCGCUCACCGCCCGGCCUGCGACGGACGCGGCUGCGGGGAGGGCCGCGGGCUCCCGGCCGCCCUCCAGCGCGGAGGCGGGGCUUGCCGGCGGGCGGGAGAGGCCCCCAGACCCCGCGGGCGGGGGGCGCCCUCCUUCGAGCUGCCGGUCGGGCACGCUUGCGGGCGUCCGGAGCGCUACCGGGUGCCCUGGGGUUGUGUUCGGGGUCGCUUUUGCCUUUCCUGGCACAAACCUUCCUCCGCCAGAAGAUGCCCCGGGCGGGAAAAGAACCGGCGGGGCAAAAACAUUGUGGAAUCUUCUGGACAAGGGGAUGCAAAGAAGGAAAAGCCAAGUGGAGUGUGGGCACACGCAGACCACCCCGAUGGUGUUGAUUUCCAUGACUUAAAUCAUUCAAUCCAGAACUGGUCCCCGCUUCCCUACGUCCUCCACAGAACCAUGGAACACAAGCCCCAAUGUAAAGAGACUCCUAUGAAGACUUCCCCUAGGAGGCUUCAUGCCCAGUGCAGAGUCCAAGAUGGGGCUUGAACUCAC